AUGAGAGGAGAAAAAAGAAAAAAUUCAAAGAAGAGUCGGCAAGAAGUGAAUAUGAACUGGAUAUUAAAUUCUCAGGAACCAACUCCAAUUGCUUUUUUUCGUUUAACCCAUCCAACAGUACGUUUACGAGCCAUUGAAAAGUAUAGGAAAUGUUUUGAUUUUGCUUUAAGUCAUAGUGUGGGUGAAAAGCUCGAUAAGCUUAGGGCUGUGAAUAAUGACAGAUUGGGAGAUUUGGCUAAAAGAAAAAAAGGCUCUUGUCGGGCAAACCACGAUACAUGUUUGAGCAUUCAACAAGAUUUUACAUCAACUAUGACUAACAUUGUCGAUGCAAAAAAAAGUGACGAUAAUAAGAAGAAUGAAUUUGAUAUUGAAGAGCAUAGUAACUGUGUAGGAAAACAUCAAUUGGAAGAGGUAAAUGUUAAGGAACUUAACAAUGAAGGAGCUUCGGUUUCAUCAUUUACGAAAAAGGUGAGAUCAGAAAACUAUAAUGUUGGUGAGAAGAAUGAAGACAUCUAUAUUAAAGCCGUUAAUCUGGCUCACGAGGAAACAACAUCAGAAAUUAGGGAUAUUUUAAAAAAAAUAGAACCAAUAGAAGAUCGCAUUUUACAAUAUCGAGUUAUCAAUUUAUCAAUAAGAAGUGCUAUGAACCCUCUUUAUAGAGAAGUAUGCUCGGCUAUUUAUCCAAUGGAUAACGAUAACGACAAUAUAGCAAUAUACUUUUUAUUUAAGUUUGGACCAUCAGAAACCGAAAAAACUAGCACUGCUCGUUAUAAAAAAUGGGAGUUAGAAAUAAAACCUCUAGUAGACACCUUAAUGCUUUUUAUGGCACCUAUCAAUCAGCUAUUGGACUCAGACCAGACAGAAUUAUCUUAUAGAGAAAAUUUCAUAAAUCCUAUAUUCAUGAAAGUAUUCGACAACUUAAUGGAACUCAUUUAUAUAAGGAUGUAA